CAACGUCAGGGUAGGAGCAGUGAGCCGCUUGGCUCAGGCCCCCAGGUCUUCCUGGAAGGGACCUGAUGGCAGACUCCUGCGAGGAUGCCCUGGAGCUUGACCAGGACUCCUCACAGACCAUCCCAAAGCCAUGGGUGUUUCCAGUCCCGAAGGGGACACUGCAGCGCAUCUUUGGGACCAGCCAGGUGUUCCAGGGCUUCGAUAAUGUAAAACCAAAGGUCACAGGGCUAACGGUGCCUCUCAAAGUCAGAGAGUACUACCAUCGAGGCCAGGAGUGCUUGGAGCAUGGGGACUGGGAGAUGGCUGUGCUAUUCUUCUCCCGUGCCCUCCACCUGGACUCCCAGCUGGUAGACUUCUACGCCUUACGGGCCGAGGCCUACAUCCAGCUCUGUGACUUCUCCUCGGCCGCCCAGAACCUACGCCGGGCCUACUCCUUCCAGCCAGACAGCAAGUACCUGGAACGGCUCACCUUCGUGCUUUACCUGCAGGGCCAGUACCUGUUGGAGCAUUGCGAAUUCAUGGAAGCCCUGAAAAUCUUCUCCCAAGCUGCCGAGCUCCAGCCCGAGAACCCCAGUUUUCGGUACCGAUGCAUGGCCUGUCUCCUGGCCCUCAGACGGCAUCACGACUGCUUGUCACUCGUCACUAAGGAGAUUAAGGGGGGCACAGUCAACGCCGACAUCUACAUCCUCCGAGCCAGGCUCUACAACUUCUUCCAGAAGCCUGACCUCUGCUACCAAGACCUGCAUAGCGCCUUGCUGUGGGAUCCCAAGCAUCCACAGGCCAGGGUGCUGCUCAAGACGAUGGUGGAGCAGUCCCAGCAGGCGCACCGGGAGGCCGGGGCCCUGGCCGUGCAGGGCAAGCUGCAGCUCGCGCUGCAGCGCAUCAACUGCGCCAUCGAGAACAACCCUCUGGACCCCAACCUCUUCCUCUUCCGGGGCACCAUGUACCGCCGACUCCAGGAGUUCGACAGCGCGGUGGAGGACUUCUUGAAGGCGCUGGACAUGAUGAGCGACAGCCAGGAGGACAUGGUGCAGCAGGCCCAGCGGCAGCUGCUGCUGGCCUACAACGACUUCGCUGUGCACUGCUACACACAGGGCGCCUAUCAGGAGGGCGUGCUGCUGCUCAACAAGGCCCUCAAGGACGAGCAGCGGGAGAAGGGCCUCUACAUCAACCGGGGUGAUUGCUUCUUCCAGCUGGGCAACCUGGCUUUUGCCGAGGCGGACUACCAGCAGGCGCUGGCGCUGAGCCCGCGGGACGAGGGCGCACACACGCGCAUGGGCCUGCUGCAGGAGAAGAUGGGCUUCUGCGAGCACAAGCGCAGGCAGUUCCAGAAGGCAGAGAGCCACUUCUCCGUGGCCAUCCAGCACAACCCCCAGAAGGCCCAGUACUACCUGCACCGGGCCAGGAACCGACAGCUCCUGCAGGACACUUCUGGAGCCCGACAGGAUGUCGCCACCGUCCUGCUCCUCAACCCCAACCAACCAAAGCUGUUCAUGCUGAUGACGACCCUCUUCCCGGGCAUGUCGGUGGAGGAGGUGCUUGGCAGCCAGGUGGCCCACUUGGCCAGGCUGCAGCUGCAGCGGCCUGUGGGGCGGCUGAGUCAAGGAGGCUGACCCCCACCCUGGGCCGGUGGCAGGCUGCUCAGGGAACGGGAGUUAGAGCGCCAGAAGGCUCGGGACCUACAGCUCUCCUGGAGCCUGGAAGAGCCUUUGCUUGAGACAGUUGAAGAGGCCACCCCCCAGAUCCUUUGGAUGAAACGAGAAAGCUCAAAAGAAGAGGACCUUGAGGAGGAAGAGGAGGAAAAGGAGAACCUGGAGCUCAGCCCCGACCGGAUGACCUCCCUGUCCGACAGCUACCCCGACCACACCUCCUCGGGCUCCACCUUAGGCUUCAGGAUGACAUCGACCUCAGAGAUGGACACGUCCACCUCCAACCAGGACUACCAGAGCAGCCCGGCCACCGCUGCGCCGUCCUCCAGCUCCUCACCGCCCAAGUCUCAGUCCUCAGACUCCGGGAGCAAGAGGGAAGACCGAAGCCUGAGCCAUCGCCCCCUAAAAAAACAGGCUCCCCAGAGCCCCAGGCAGAAAUCCUAUAAGACUAAGGCCACCCGGCGCCACAGGAAAAGCCCUAGAGAGGCUGAGGCCACCCAGGGGCACAGGCAGAGCCCCAGAAAGACUGAGACCACUAGGGUUCGAAGCCAAAGCCUCAGUGAGACUGAGGCCACCCAGGAUCAAAGCCAAAGCUCUAGAGAGAUGGAGACCACCCAGGGCCACAGGCAGAGCCCCAGUGAAACUGAGGCCACCCAGGGUCAAAGUCAAAGUUCCAGCAAGAAUGAGGCCUCAAGGCUGAGGCCCAGCAAGAUCAAGGCCACUCAGAGCCCAAGUCGGAGGCUCAGAAAGGCCAAGGUUGCCCAUGGCCAGAGCUGGAGACCCAGCAAGGCUGAGGCCACCCAGGGCCAGAGCUUGGCACUGCUCCGAAGUUCUAGCAAGACCAAGGCUUUUGCUGAACCAAGCUGGAGCCCCAGUAGGUCUGAGGGUGCCCAGGGCCAGAGCUGCAGGACCUGGAAGGCUGAGGGUGUCAAGGGCCAGAGCCAGCCCAUGAGCUCAAGUUCUAGCAAGACUGAGGUCACCUGGGGACCAAGCCCAAGUAUCAGCAAAACCCCAACCCCUUAGGGCCCAAGCCAGUGUCCUGAGAAAAUCCAGACUGGCCAGGACCCCGGCUGGUCUGCAGCUCCCUAAGAGGCCCCUCACCCCUCACUUCCUG